AACACUCCGGAAACAAAAAAAAUCUUCCUCGAAAACUUGUCAUAAAAAUUCUCUCAUAGUGAUUCAGCACCUACCUCAACUCCAGUCAUUUUAUAUCCUACUCCCAAACCCAUUACUCAAGCUGCGCUUAUAGUAAUCAUCAUCACCUGAAUUAAGCGACAUGUGUGGCGGUGCUAUCAUCGCUGACUUCAUCCCUCGCCGUGGAGGUCGCCGCCUCACGGCCUCCGAGCUCUGGCCUAACUCAUUCGGUGGUAAGCAGAAUGACUCGGACUUCGAUUAUUCUCAGAUGGGUCAUCAACAAUCACCCACCCCCAAAAGAUCCCAACCUUCUACUGUUAGCGAGCAAGUUGAGAAGCCGGUGAAAAGGCAGAGGAAAAACCUCUACAGAGGGAUUCGACAGCGUCCGUGGGGCAAAUGGGCGGCGGAGAUUCGCGAUCCCAGGAAAGGGGUUCGUGUUUGGUUGGGUACCUUCAAUACUGCGGAAGAAGCUGCAAGGGCCUAUGAUCGAGAGGCUCGAAAAAUCCGCGGCAAGAAAGCCAAGGUGAAUUUUCCAAACGAAGACGACGAGUAUUCAAUUCAGGUUCGUCAUAGUAAUCAUAAUCCACCCCCUCCACUACGAUUGCAAAACCCUCCCCUGUUUCAACAACAAUACUGUUGCGAUCUGAAUAAUGCCUCUAAAAAUCUAAACUUGGAGUUUGGUUAUGAUCUGAACCAAGCUGGGGCAAUUCCUCCCCCUCCCCUUUUGGGUGGUAUCAGCACUGAUCCAGUUAUUGUUUCUGGUGAUGAAAUUUCUGGGUCAGGGUCAGAGGGUGCUUACUCGACAACUGAGUUCAUGGGCUCCAAUCAGAAUGCGAGCGGUUAUUUUAGUGGUGGGGUGAAGAUGAAUGAGAAAGAAGAACAGGUGAUUGAAGCCCAAGCGGAAAAGAAUGAAGUGCAGGAGCUAUCUGAUGAGCUAAUGGCAUACGAGAACUAUAUGAAGUUUUAUCAGAUUCCGUACUAUGAUGGGCAAUCGAUGGCGUCGAAUAAUGUUCAGGAAAGCGUGGUUGGUGAACUCUGGAGCUUCGAUGAAUGAGUUCGUGUCUUCUUCAACAGUCCUGUGAAAGCUUCUCCCAAUUCUCAUGGCUAGAUCUCUGCAUUUUUUGCAUUUUAUUUUUACCUGGGAUGUUAAUGGAAAUGUAAAUUGGGUAGUUGUUUGGGUGGGUAGAAUUGGUGCCAUGAGUUUCGACUCCCUUUUAUUUGUUUGUUUGUUUUUAGAAUUUAGGGUCAUGGUCUACUUUUAUUGAAUUGUAAUUUUUCUUUUGAUGGUAUUUUGAACUGUAACUUUAGUUGAUGAAAUUA